CUGCCGGCAUAUGUGGGCUACUAUAGUCUCCACGGACAAACCUAAACCCGUGCGGAGAGAGAAAGAGGGAGGGAGGACGAGAGAGGAUGGAUGAUGUGGAUAUGGUCUGAGGAGCGGCUCUUCCUCUCUUGGUGUUGUCUCACCUCCCCUGCGAAGCUGUGAAGCUUUUAUCCUGUUUCUUUAACAAGCCGCAGCAGUUGUUUGCGUCAUUUUUUUUCUGCAUUUUUAAAUAUCGAGGUGCUCUCUUCUUCUAUUUACUGUGCAUCCAUCGUCAUUCCCACCAUCAUCACCAUCAUCUGUAGCCAUGUCGGACUCGGAGGAUAUGACGGAGUUCGCCAGCAUCGUGGAGCGGAUCGAGAGGGGCGAGGUCCCGAUCAAGAACAUAGAGAGGGAGCUGAUCUGCCCAAUCUGCAAGGAGCUCUUCACCCAUCCGCUGAUCCUGCCCUGCCAGCACAGCGUCUGCCACAAAUGUGUGAAAGAGCUGCUCAUGUUGAACCACGAGGACUCUUUUGAUGCCGGUUCUGAGUGCUCCCUACCGGGCAGCCCCAGGUCCAGGGUGCCCUCCCCCUCCAUGGAGAGGCUGGACAGGCUUGUGAGAUCAGGUGGGUCUCAGGGUUCAAUCUCCUCUCCGGGAUGGCGCAGAGGAUCUGUGACUCCCCGGGUCACCGCCAUCCCGUGCCCAGGCUGCCAGCAUGACAUAGAUCUGGGCGAACGCGGCAUCAGCAUGUUGUUCCGAAACUUCACCCUGGAGAGCAUCGUGGAGCGCUACCGGCAGGCUGCCCGCGCAGCCGUCGCCAUCAUGUGCAACAUCUGCAAGCCUCCACAGCAGGAGGCAACAAAGAGCUGCAUGGACUGCAAGGCGAGCUACUGUAACGAGUGUUUCAAGCUGCACCACCCCUGGGGCACACCCAAAGCCCAGCACGAGUAUGUUGGUCCCACGACGAAUUUUAGGCCCAAGGUUCUCAUGUGCCCAGAGCACGAGAUGGAGAAGGUGAACAUGUACUGUGAGGUCUGCAGGCGUCCCGUGUGUCACUUGUGCAAGCUUGGAGGAUCCCAUGCUAACCACAAAGUCACCUCCAUGGGCAGUGCAUACAAGAUCCUCAAGGAGAAGCUGGCCAAGAGUAUCCAUUACCUCAUCAGCAAAGAGGACCAGGUCAGGACUCAGAUUACUGAGCUUGAGGUGCUCAUCAAUAAGACUGAGGAAAAUGGCCAGUUAGCAGAGCGUCAAGCCAACGAGCACUUUGAGCGUCUGUUUGAGACUCUGCAAGAGAGAAAAUCUGAGAUGCUGAGGUCAAUCGAGCAGUCUCGUAACCGUCGCAUGGAGCAGCUCAGAGGCCAGGUGGAAGAGUACCAAGGUAUGCUGGAGAACAGUGGGUUGGUGGGCUAUGCUCAGGAGGUGCUGAAGGAAACCGAUCAAUCCUGUUUUGUGCAGACUGCGAAGCAGCUGCAUGUCAGGAUCCAGAAAGCCACAGAGUCUCUGAGGACCUUUCACCCUGCAGCUGACCCCUGCUUUGAUGAGUUUGUCCUGGACACAUCCAGAGAAGAAAUGCUGCUUAAAGAGAUGUGCUUUGGUGGAGUUCCAGACCCACCUCUGAUUGACCUGUCCAAUAGCAGAGUCUAUAAUGAGGCCUCAAUCUGCUGGAGGCUCUCUGAUGACCACCUACCUACUGAUCACCACAUGCUUGAGUACCGCAGACUUGGAGGCCCAGGCCAGUCCCCAUCCCAGGAAGAUGGUGAGGACAAUGGUGUCUGGAGGGCCACAGACAGAGUGUACGGCCCCAGCACCGUGGUGUGUGACCUGGAGCCUGACAGUCUGUACUCCUUCAGAGUACGAAGCUGCAGGAACUCCAUGUUCAGCCCCUACAGUCCUGAGGUCACCUUCCACACACCACCUGCACCCGUGUUUGGUUUCCUGUUCAGUGACAAGUGUGGAUUCAGCACGGAGAGGCUCAUUCUAAAUAAGAGACGGGAUACUGUGGAGAGCGUAGCUGGCAUGGCCUUCCUGCUCGCAGCCGAACGUGUGCAGACAGGCAGCUACAUUGGACUAGAUUACAUAAUUGGGGACACGGGCAUCUCUCAGGGAAGACAUUACUGGGCCUUUAAGGUGGAACCAUACUCCUACAUGGUUAAAGUUGGCGUGGCCUCCGACACAAAGCUGAUUGAAUGGUUUCACAAUCCGAGAGAUACAAGCAGCCCAAGGUAUGACCACGACAGCGGGCACGACAGCGGCAGUGAAGAUGCAUGCUAUGAGCUCUCCCAGCCCUUCACCCUCGUCACCUUGGGCAUGGGCAAACUCAUCAUCCCGAAGUCUUCUUCAACGUCUAGCUCUUCCACAGCAAACGCACAGUCAGCUGACCCCGGCAGCCGCAUCCUUCCUAUGCCCCAGCGCUUGGGCAUAUGCCUUGAUUAUGACGCGUGCCGAGUGUAUUUUUACGACGCCGACACUAUGAGGUGCCUUUACGAGAGGCAGGUGGAUUGUUCGGGAACAAUGUAUCCGGCUUUUGGCCUCAUGGGCAGCGGCAAGGUUCAGCUGGAAGAGUUCCUAGCCAGUAAGAGACUGGCCUUCUAAGGAGUGCAUUAAGCCUGGAAUCCAUUUCAUCUUUAGUGUGUUCUGGGAAGAACAGGUUUUAUUGACAGGGUGAUGGAAUACAAUUCAGACCAUUUUUGAAGGUCAAAUCAGGCAGAUGUGAUUAGGGCACUUGGUCCUAAUGUGGAAAUGGGAUCCCUGCCAGGGACUGCCCCCCCCCCGUAUUGGCAUGUAUAAUGUAUUACCCACACGAAGAUAAUUACGCUGAGUAUCAGUGUCUGCAUACAGAGGUCUUCGGUAGUCCGUAUAGAUGUAAAAGGUCUUCUCCAUAUACCAAAGUCUCUGGAUCUGGUAAUUGUAUUGGACCUGGUUUUAUGAUGAACUGCUCAAACUGAGUCUUUUAACAUUAAACGCCUUCGAUCUUCCUUUCCUUAUUUAUUUUUUUUCUUUUUUUCAGGUUUCGGUUUAAAUAGUGUUUGUUUCAAUUAGUGGGUGGUUUGUAUUUGCUUGUUUUCUGUAACCAUUUACGUUAAGGUAGCAGCAUAGGUGUAGAUAUAUUAGUGGACCUGAGAGCCUGGUAGCUAACUGAAGCUAGCGCCU